CGGUAGCGAAUAUAGGAGGGGUCAUUCGGGUGACAAGCAUGUCGUGGAGGGGGUGCAUUUUAAGAUGGGCUAGGGAUGACGUUAUUUGUAUAGCAACGAGAGGAAACAGAAUCCCCCUCAACACUCAACAGAGAUGUGGCUUCAAGAAAGUAGUGAAGGAGUCAAAGGCCAAGAAGGGGGUCAUAGAGGAGACUGGGCCCUCACACACAGAGCCCAGUGAAGGGCUCAUCCACAAGAGGGGUGCAUCUCCCCCCUUGGAGCCCUCAGUGGCAUACAUGCACUCCAGGAGCUUUGGCAGACUGGUCAAGCCCCUGGCGUUCACAAUAGGGUUUACAGGCUGUUCAUUUGGCACAGCGGCCAUCUGGCAGUAUGAGUCACUGAAGUCCCGGGUCCAGAGCUACUUUGACGAGGUCCGGGCUGACUGGUUGGAGACACUACGGCCGCAGAAACAGGGGGAUCUUCGCAAAUGGAUCAACCAGUGGUGGAACGGCUUGAGUGAGGGCCAACGUACUGUUGCAGGGAUCAUAGCUGCUAAUGCUGUGGUUUUUUGCUGUUGGAGAGUGCCAUCCCUCCAGCGCUCUAUGAUCAAAUACUUCACAUCCAACCCAGCCUCCAAAACCCUGUGUUUCCCCAUGCUCCUGUCCACGUUCAGCCACUACUCCUUCUUCCACAUGGCGGCCAACAUGUACGUCCUCUGGAGCUUCUCCUCCAGCAUCGUCUCCAUGCUAGGCAGGGAGCAGUUCAUGGCCGUUUACAUGUCUGCAGGUGUUAUCUCUACGAUGUUCAGCUAUGUAUGCAAGACGGCCAGCGGGCGCUUAGGUCCCUCUCUUGGAGCGUCAGGAGCCAUCAUGACAGUCUUGGCUGCCGUCUGUACCAAAAUGCCAGAGGCUAAGCUGGCAAUCAUCUUCCUCCCCAUUUAUGCUUUCUCUGCAGGCAAUGCAUUGAAAGCCAUAGUAGUCAUGGACACAGCUGGCCUAGUUUUAGGAUGGCGAUACUUCGACCACGCGGCCCAUCUAGGCGGAGCUCUUUUUGGCGUCUGGUACAUCAUGUAUGGCCACGAGCUGAUAUGGAAGAACCGUGAGCCACUAGUGAAGGUGUGGCACGACCUUAGGACAAAGGGUCCUAGUGGGGGAGGAAACGGUGGCAACGGCCCCCAGUAGAGCGCACUGGACUGGGUGAAGGCAUGUGGUUGGACUGGCCUUGGCUGAUAUGUAUAUUACCAGAUUACAGAAAAGUGUCAAUAGCGUCAACAGCCAUGCUGGCCACACAAACCGAAGCCUGACUCUCCAUUUAUCCCCCACACACAAGCUCUAUGUUUGUCUCUCACUCUCUCAUAAAAAUGCAAUUUGCAUUUCAGUGCUCUCUCGCUUUCUCUCUCAAACACACUCACUACAUAAUAAUGCAGGGAUUUUGUGUGUUUUUGAGAGAAGAGGGGACACUUGAGUUACACUAUGGCCUGUAUUCACAAAGUGUUGAUCUAGGAGUAGUUUAGCCUUUUAGAUCAUAAUGAUUAUAGGUGAAGAUGGUCACGGGAGCCUACAGGUCACCAUUAUCUCCCCAAAUGCUGAGGUGGAGGACCCUAACACCCUAAGAUACAAAAACCAUGCGAUCACGAAACCCUUCCCACUGUCAGUACAGGGGAUGGUUAGAGAGCUACAUUGCAUUCGGAAAGUAUUCAGACCCCUUGACUUUUUCACAUUUUCUUACGUUGCAACCUUAUUCUAAAAUUGAUUAAAUUGUUUUUUUCCCUCAUCAAUCUACACACAAUACGGCAUAAUGACAAAGCAAAAAGGUUUUUUAUUUUUUACAUUCAUGCAAAUAUAUUAUAAGUUUUUUUUUAAAUAUCACAUUUACUUAAGUAUUCAGGCCCUUUACUCAGUACUUUGUUGAAGCAGCUUUGGCAGUGAUUAUAGCCUCGAUUCUACUUGGGUAUAACGUUAGAUGCUUGGCACCUGUAUUUGGGGAGUUGUAUUUCCUGUUCUCUGCACAUCCUCUCAAGAUCUGUCAGAGUUAAUGGGGAGCAUUACUGCACAUCUAUUUUCAGUUCUUUCCAGAGUUGUUCGAUCAGGUUCAAGUCCGGGCUCUGGCCGGGCCACUCAAGGACAUUCAGAGACUUGUCCCGAAGCCACUCCUGUGUUUUCUUGGCUGUGUGCUUAGGGUCGUUGUCCUGAUGGAAAGUGAACCUUCGCCCCCCAGUCUGAGGUCCUGAGCACUCUGGAGCAGGUUUUCAUCAAGGAUCUCACUGUACUUUGCUCAGUUCAUCUUUCCCUUGAUCAUGACUAGUCCCUGCCGCUGAAAAACAUCCCCACAGCAUGAUGCUGUCAACCCACAAUGUUUCAGGUGUCACAUCUGGUGGAAACCUGGCAAGGCCAAAGAGUUCUAUCUUGGUUUCAUCAGACCAGAGGAUCUUGUUUCUCAUGUUCUGAGAGUAAUUUAGGUUUGUUUUGGCAAACUCCAAGCAGGCUAUCGUGUGCCUUUUACUGAGGAGUGGCUUCCAUCUGACCACUCUACCAUAAAGGCCUGAUUGGUGGAAUGCUCUAGAGAUGGUUGUCUCUCCCUCCUCCACAGAGGAGCUCUGACAGAGCUCCAAUCAGGUUCUUGGUCACCUCCCUGACAAAUGCCCUUCUCCCCCGAUUGCUCAGUUUGGCUGGGUGGCAAGCUCUAAGAAGAGUCUUCGUGUUUCCAAAUUUCUUCCACUUAAGAAUGAUGGAGGACACUGUUAUUGGGGACCUUCAAUGCCGCAGAAUUGUUCUGGUACCCUUCCCUAGAUCUGAGACUCAACACAAUCCUAUCUCGGUGCUCUACGGACAAUUCCUUUGAACUCAUGGCUUGGUUUCUCCUUUGACAUGCACUCUCAACUGUGGGACUUUUUUUUUUAUAGACCGGUGUUCCAUUCCCAAUCAAUUGAAUUUACCACAGGUGGCCUCCAAUCAAGUUGUAGAAACAUCUCGAGGAUGAUCAAUGGAAACCGGAUGCACCCGAGUUAAAUUGAGUUUCAUAGCAAAGGGUCUGAAUACUUAUGUAAAUAUGGCAUUUCUAUAUAUAUAUAUAUAUAUAUAUAUAUAUUUUUUUUGUAAUCCAUUUGCAAAAAUGUCUUGGCCUGUUUUUUUUUCUUUAUGGGGUAUUGUGUGUGGCUUGAUUGGGGGGGGGAUUAUUUAAUCCAUUUUAGGAUAAGGCUGUAACAAAAUGUGGGAAAGGGUCUGAAUACUUUACGAAUGCACUGUACACCGUCAAAACCAAUGUCACAUCUACAUUUUUUUAUAUGAUACACAUGUCUACAGUCAAGACUCAUUAUUCUCUAACCCCUGCACACCACAAAUGUUUUUAUUUUUGUGUGUGAAAUGAUUAGUUUUCGCACCUCUUGUUUAUAAUUUCAUCCAGCUAUGAAAAUGGAAGAUAAUGGACUUAAAUACACUGAGUAUACAAACCAUUAACCUCCCCCACCCUUUGCCCUUCAGAACAGUCUCAAUUUGUCUGGGAUAGGACUCUGCAAGGUGUUGAAAGCGUAACAGGAAUGCUGGCCCAUGUUGACUCCAAUGCUUCCCACAGUUGUCAAGUUGGCUGGAUGUCCUUUGGGUGGUGGACCAUUCUUGAUACACACGGAAACUGUUCAGCGUGAAAAACCCAGCAGCAUUGCAGUUCUUGACACAAAACAUUGCGCCUGGCACCUACUACCAUACCCCUUUUAACGGCACUUAAAUUGUUUGCUUGCCCAUUCACGCUCUGAAUGGCUCACAUACACAAUCCAUGUGUCAAUUGUCUCAAGGCUUAAAAAUUAUUAUUUAACCUCCUCCCCUUCAUCUACACUGAUUUGAAGUGGAUUUAACAAGUGACAUGAAGGGAUCAUGGCUUUCACCUGGUCAGUCUGUCAUGGAAAGAGCAGUUAAUGUUUUGUAGAUUCACUGUAUGCACAGGAAUAUUUGUUUUCGAUUAAUAACUUUUGUUUGUUAUUGGAAUCAAAUAAAAGGUUUAUUUAAAAAAGGA